GCUGCGUCUCCGAGCAUGGAGCGGAGGAGUGAGAGCCCCUGCCUGCGGGACAGCCCCGACAGAGGCAGCGGCAGCCCCGAUGUCAAGGGCCCCCCCCCCGGGAAGGUGGCCAGGCUGGAGCAGAACGGCAGCCCCAUGGGCACCCGCGGGAGGCCCAACGGCGCCGUCAGCAAGCCCGUGGGAGGUUUGAUGAUUCCAGUCUUUUGUGUGGUGGAGCAGUCGGACACCUCUCUUGAAUACGAUAAUCGAGAAGAGCAUGCUGAGUUCGUUCUGGUUCGCAAAGAUGUGCUCUUUAGCCAGCUGGUGGAGACAGCGCUCCUGGCUCUGGGGUAUUCCCACAGCUCUGCAGCUCAGGCACAAGGAAUAAUCAAGCUCGGGAGGUGGAAUCCCCUCCCUCUCAGUUAUGUGACUGAUGCACCAGAUGCGACAGUAGCUGACAUGCUACAAGAUGUCUAUCAUGUUGUGACACUGAAAAUCCAAUUACAAAGUUGUUCAAAGUUGGAAGACUUGCCAGCAGAGCAGUGGAACCACGCCACAGUUCGCAAUGCCUUAAAGGAACUGCUCAAAGAGAUGAAUCAGAGCACAUUAGCCAAAGAAUGCCCUCUCUCACAGAGUAUGAUUUCAUCCAUUGUAAAUAGUACAUACUAUGCCAAUGUUUCAGCAACCAAGUGCCAGGAGUUUGGGAGAUGGUACAAAAAGUACAAGAAGAUUAAAGUGGAAAGAGUGGAAAGAGAAAACCUUUCAGACUAUUGUGUUCUUGGUCAACGUCCCAUGCACUUACCAAAUAUCAACCAGCUGGCAACCUUGGGAAAAACUAAUGAACAGUCUCCUCAUGGCCAAAUUCACCACAGUACUCCAAUCCGAAACCAAGUGCCAACGAUGCAGACAAUGAUAAACCCUGGGCUCCUGUCUCCUCAGCUCAGUCCACAACUGGUGAGGCAGCAGAUAGCAAUGGCCCAUCUGAUAAACCAACAGAUUGCCGUCAGCCGGCUAUUGGCUCACCAGCACCCCCAAGCUAUCAACCAGCAGUUCUUGAAUCAUCCACCAAUUCCUAGAGCUGUCAAACCAGAGCCAUCAAAUUCAUCGGUGGAAGUCUCUCCAGAUAUUUACCAGCAAGUCAGAGAUGAGCUGAAGAGAGCCAGUGUGUCUCAAGCUGUCUUUGCAAGAGUAGCAUUCAACCGCACACAGGGCUUGUUGUCUGAGAUCCUGCGUAAGGAAGAAGACCCUAGGACAGCUUCCCAGUCCCUCCUGGUAAACUUGAGAGCGAUGCAGAAUUUCCUCAACUUGCCUGACUCGGAGCGUGAUCGUAUCUAUCAGGAUGAGAGAGAAAGAAGUAUGAACCCCAAUGUGAGCAUGGUGUCUUCAGCAGCCAGCAGCCCAAGCUCCUCCAGAACCCCCCAGGCCAAAACCUCGACACCAACAACAGACCUCCCCAUUAAGGCGGACGGCGCCAACGUCAACAUCACAGCUGCCAUUUAUGACGAGAUCCAACAGGAGAUGAAAAGGGCCAAGGUAUCUCAAGCUCUGUUUGCCAAAGUGGCUGCCAAUAAAAGUCAGGGCUGGCUGUGUGAGCUACUUCGCUGGAAAGAAAACCCAAGUCCAGAAAACCGCACCCUCUGGGAGAACCUCUGCACCAUUCGCCGCUUCUUGAACCUUCCUCAGCAUGAGAGAGAUGUGAUCUAUGAGGAGGAGUCCAGACAUCACCACAGCGAGCGUAUGCAGCAUGUUGUCCAGCUCACUCCUGAGCCUGUGCAGGUGCUGCACAGACAGCAGUCCCAGCCUGCUAAGGAGAAUUCCCCACCUAGAGAAGAGGCUCCUCCUCCACCCGCCGAGGACAGUUGUGCCAAAAAGCCAAGAUCCCGUACCAAGAUAUCCUUGGAAGCUCUAGGUAUCCUUCAAAGCUUUAUCCACGAUGUAGGUCUCUACCCUGAUCAGGAAGCCAUUCAUACCCUGUCUGCUCAGCUGGAUCUCCCCAAACACACCAUCAUCAAAUUCUUCCAGAACCAACGUUACCACGUAAAGCAUCACGGGAAGCUAAAAGAGCAUUUGGGAACAGUGGUUGACGUGGCAGAGUACAAGGAUGAGGAGCUGCUGACAGAGUCGGAGGAGAACGACAGCGAGGAGGGCUCUGAGGAAAUGUACAAAGUGGAGCCUGAGGAAGAGAACCCCGACAAAAACAAGGCAGCUCCAGUGGACAUCGACCAGAGAUAAUGUGAGAUAGGAAAGCAGAAAGCAAUACAUUGAUCCAAGGAUUUAUUUUUUUCUCUUUUUACUUUUUGUUUGUUUCUGUUGCGCAUGAUCCAUGUGCAAACUGAAUGAAUUCAGCAUUGCCCAAUCAGACAUCGCCUUGACACAGACACUUGAGUGUUACACUUCCUACAUGUGACUGAAGUAAUCAUUGUAAUCACAUAGGAUUAUGCCUUCAUUAAUCUUGCACUUAUGAAAGGGACAUCUAGCAAGUAAAUGGGAAGAAAAAGUCCUAUGAAAUCAAUGAAGGAAAAUUUACAACUUUGUGUGUAUAUAUAUAUAUUUACAUAAAAUAUAUAUAUAUUAAAAUUGCAUGGGACGGAACUUUACAGCCUGAAAGUAUAGACUGUGAAAUGAGUUCUUUAAAGAUGAGACUUGUUUAUGUAUUAAAACCACUUCACAAUGAGUUGCUUUGGCUUUUUGAUAAACUGCCGCCUGCUCUCAGGGUGUGGUGACUAUUUUUGAAUUCCUAUUUAUUUUCUAUGUUUAUCCCUGAUUUUUUUUUUUUUAUUGUAUGGCUUCCUAUCUGGCAACUUGAUGGAUAAUUUUUGAGGUAUGUAUUUAAAGAAGUAAAUCAACACUGCCAAAAAAAGAAUAGAGGAAAAAUGAGAGAAAAUGGAAAAACAAAUCAGGGCACCUUAGAAAGAAAAUUAGUAAGUUAAAGUACUUUAAACAAAAUGCACACUUAAAAGGAUACAGCAUGUUCCACUCUCCACAGUCCUUUCUGUAGUGAACAGAUGAAUUUUCAUGGGAGUAAGAAUAACUAAAACUGUAAUUCAGUGCAUAGAAGACUUGUCCGCUAAUGAGGUCUUUAUAGAAAGAGAAGAAAAAUAAUGUGUUGAGAUUUGAUGUAUGGAAUUCAUACUAUGAACCACAUUUUACUGUGGAUUUUAUUUACCUGUUCUCUGUUUCAGAUCUUAAAAUUUAUAAGCUUCCUUCUUGUUGUUGCUUUUUGUUUUUACUGAGGUGAAACACACACACACGCAAGUGUAAAGUUACACUGGGACACAGAAUACCAAAAUCCCAACAAUCCUGUCCAGGUAAAUUGCUGAGAGAUAAAGGGUUUGCAUUGGUGAUUGCCCACUCACCCUCUUCUCCAGCUUCCCCCGUGUUUCUGUUUUAGCUGGGCUUCCUCUGUGUCGCGCAUUUGUACCAGUGAAAUGAAGUGUUUUCAGCCACGGGUCUCCCAAGCUGCGGCCCACCUCCAGCGCAGAGCAGCCAAGGCAUGAGUGCUUUCCAGCCUCCCUGCUGCGGGGGCAUGAGGCCCUUCACACCCACUCACCCACUUGUCGAAGGGUUUUGCAGCGACCUAACUAGCAACUACGUUACAUAAAGCAGAACUAAUACUGACUGACUCUUCAAUGGUGUGAGCACUAAAGCUGCAAUCUACUAUAGUUCCCACUUGUUUUGAAGCAUCUUGUCGCAACAGACACCAAGUAGUAUUUACUUUUCACUUCUGUGCAAGGAUUUCUAAGAAGAGACCUCACCUUUGCUACUGUUGCAGCUGGAUUGAUUUCAGAUGCCUGUUCAAAUUGCAAUCAUAAGUGUACCAACAAGGUUUCUAGGUUGAUUUUUUUUCCUUCACAGGGGCUUUUCAUGUAACCUUGACAAAGACCUCAUGCAAUAUCACUUUGAAAGUUAUUUUCUGUUUACUACACCAGGCAAUGUAAUAUAACUGUUAAUACUAUUUAUAUAUUUGAAAGGUAUAAAAGGUAGGAGUUAAAAAU